AUGGCUAACCUCUUCAUGCGCAACUCCCUCCGUAAUAAUGCCCCACCGUCUACCGAAACCCCAAAGUUGGCUGAAUCCACACUCAGCCUGGUAGUAUCCUCGCUACCAACUUUCAAAGCAAAUUCAAAAGAGAUUGCCAUAGAGAUGUAUCGACGGAUUUUCCAUGUCGCUCCGUCUCUGAAGUCGCUCUUCUCGCUUGACUUCCUCUCCGUUCGUUCUAAAUCCUCCUCCUGCCCGAUGUCUCAUCACAAGCUUGACAUCGAAAUCAGCGCUCAGGCACAAAUUCUCGCAGACUCAAUACUUAGCUUUUGUGCAAAUGUGAACAACAUGGAAGCCUUCAAUCCCGUAUUGACGCGCAUUUGUUCAAAGCACGUUAGUCGCUCGGUCCAGGCAGAGCACUACGUGGUCGUUGCGAAAUGCUUUUCAGAAGCUGUCCAGCAAGUUAUUGGAGACAAGAUAUCCGAAGAAGAACGCGGGGCUUGGGAUAAAGCAGUGUUAUUUCUAGCUGAUAAGCUCAUAAAACGAGAAAAAGAAAUUUAUGAGCGACUCGAAACUUCCGCGGGCGCAUGGAAGGGGUUCCGUUCAUUUCAAGUUUCCAAAAUCAACCCCGUACAGAAUACCUCAGGCAUCUCGGUUGUCCUCACGCCAAAAGACCAUGAAAAGGUGGCUGAAUUCGUAAGCGGGCAGUAUGUCUGUCUUCGCGCGCAGACCCCAGAAUAUGGCCCGGUACAUCGAAACAUACCUCUCUGUCCAAUCACGGAAUCAAGUCUGUCUUCAGAGUCGCCGCUCUCUUCCUACGAGGUCCAACUCACAAUUCCCGCAAAGAAGAACGACGUAGAUUGCCUCGUCAACACUGAUGCCGUGGUGUUCCAACACAUGAAGGGCGGUGGGGAGAUCCAGAUCAGUGCGCCGGUGGGAGGCUUCGUGCAGCAUGCCAAGUUCGCUAAGAGCAGGGCUACUGGCGGUUCCUAUCUUCGAGCUGGGUUGGCUGGAAAGUCAGCCCUACGAGAUGUGUCUAGAGUAGUUGCUUUGCAAGGAGCUCGGAGUCCAUUGGCAGUGGCCGUUCAGGGGAAUCUGGAGGAUGGCAUUUCCAAUCCAAGGAUAAGGCGUGCGGGAAAGCCUUCCGAGAUGAGACCCUCGCCUUUGCAUAGGUUUCAAGAAUGA